AUGUCUGCUAGUACUACGGCAACCCUCCAACGCCCAAAUGGUGCCGAUGUUGCAGAUCCGCAAGAUGGACAAGGUGUCUCCUCUCGUCGCCUCAAGAAACGAGAAAUCGACAGACGAUGUCAGCGUCAGGCUCGCGAACGCACGAAAACCCGCAUCGCCUAUCUCGAAGGCUUGGUCGAGGAUUUUAGACGGCAGGACUCCAGUGGACAAGUUGCUACAUUAAUGAAACAAUUGCAAGAGAUUGAGGCAGAGCGAGAUCUGAUGUCUAGGACCUUGAAGGAUAUUCAAAAGGCCAUGGAUGUACACAAACCCACCAAGCCGGAUCAAGAGCCCCCAAGGCAAGACUCAUCCUCCCACAUCAAUUCCGCUCAAGUCAUCUGGGCCAGCAAUGAUAUAGAGGAGCGGAAACCGAGCAUCGCUUCCUUGUGCGAGACUGCGCCUGCGCAUCUUAACGAUCAACUACCAGAGCCCAGCCAACCAAUCGAUUUUGAACUUGCCACCUUCUCUCCUUCCCCAAGCGUCGUCCUGCCCGCGCAAGAAAUAUUAUUUGGCCCACAGGUUGUCCGUUUGGACAGUGACAGUCCUCAGUCAACGAGCCAGGCAUUGGUACAGUCCAAAGCCUUCCAUGAUCCAACCUUGAUGCCUUCUUCAUAUGCCAAGAACUGGGAUCAACCUUUGAAUGGUUGCUCCUGUCAAAACCACCAUGAUGACUUUAUCAUGCCAGGCAAAAAGUCAAUCUGGCGGGGAAACUACUGGCGUUAUGCUAAUGAAGUGCUGAGCGAACGCUUUGAUUGGCCUGAAGAAGUUGAACCCACGUCUGAUGCGGUGGCCGAUGAUGUACCUGUUCGAGCAGUACUUGAGGGUUGGGAUGCUGUUGCAAGGAGGGGCCCUCUUCACCCCUCUUGGCAGAUUCUACGGCGAAUUGAUCAGAUACUGUUCAGAUCCUGCGGCCAGACAGAACGCCUAGCCAUUCUAAGAGCGAUGCACAGUCUCUUGCAGUUCCACACCGAAUCUACGUCCUAUCGCUACUCGCGUCUGCCUCCCUGGUACAAUAAACGACCAGCGCAGAAGAUCGCACAUUCAUAUGCCAUUGACUAUUUUGCCUGGCCUGGACUACGUGAACGAUUCAUUUUCGGUGAACAUGAUUACUGUGGUAAUGAGUUCUGGCACCUGUUCAACAAGUCUCUCCGUGUUCUGUGGCCCUACGAAUUUCGAGAUUGCUAUACACGUGAGAUUGAAACCGGCUUGUACAAGGUUUCACCACACUUUGACGAGCGUCUUCGGGAUAUCAAGAGUUGGACUAUGGGUCCGGACAUUUUUCAACGCUUCCCAGAAUUGUAUUGCGAUAUCCCAUCCUUUAACACUAUCCCGGCGAAUAUCACUUCAACAUCCCCUCGCGCGUCAUCUUUCCUGCUGACUGCGCCGCCAUCGAGCAUCGAGAAGCAGAAAAUCCCACCUGCGGAGGAGAAGAAACCGCACCGGUCGGAAGUACAGCGUCAACAGCAUGGAAAUCAUACAUCACAUUCUGGCGUUAACUCACAAAUGCCUGGUCAACAUAUGCCACUGUUCUCAAGUACGGCUCAAUACAUCAUUCCUGAACACAAUUCAAUGACUGCUCUUGAUGCUUUUGCCUAUGGAGCGAUAAGCGAGGCUGACUUCGCUGCGAUGUAUCAUCCCGAGGACCUGGAGGGUUAUCCAAACAUCAUUUUCUGA